UUUAAUAUUUGCUUCUCUCUGUUUCAGUGUACAGAUAUUCCAAUUACAAGUGAGUUGUUUGUGAAUGUCAUAAAAUCAACAAAUAAUAUUGAAGAAUUAGAUGCAGUGAGAAUGCUUGUUACAAAAGAAAUGGCAAAUCUGAGAUCAAGAGACUCAGGUGGACGUGAUGAAGGUAACGAAGUCAAGCAGCAGCUAAGUAGUCUGGAUUUCAUUCGCCGUGUCAUAGAUAACCGCAUUAACAGAAUAGACAAAGGCACAGAAACUGAUUCUAUGGGUUUACCAGUGAGCCUAGACUACAGGCAACUGGCUCGAGGAAAGCUAUUCCAGCUGCCCCUGGAAGCCAUCCUGAAAAAUAGUCUCACACUGGAUCACUUUCUCAACUACAUGGCUUCAGUUAACUCUCAACAUUACAUUAAUCUUUAUCUCAAUGUUGAGUGUUGGCGAGCAACAGUUGGUGAGAGGCUUUGCUCACUGGAGUUAGAAAGGUUACAACAUCUGGAAGAAUCUGAAGCACAGGGUUCAGGAAUGACAAUGCCAGAUCUCUGUCAUGAUCAUUUUUCUGCUCAUGACUUGUCUUCUCACAAAGAAGAGGCUGAAAUUAUAUAUGAACAAUAUUUGUCUGAAAAGGCUAGUCCAAGAGUACAAAUGGAUGAUAGCAUUGUCAAGAGAUUGAUCCUAAGAAUGCGUUCAGAGAAAGUAUCAGAAUCCUGGUUUGAUGAGGUUCAAGCAGCCCUGUUCACAAUCCUGCAGGAUACAGAAUUAUUUCUACCAGCAUUUAGGAGAUCUGUGUGGUACAUUCGCCUAUUAGCAGAAUUAGACUUAUUAAAGGAUGUGUCAAGGUCAGAUGAAGAGGACUCUCAAUCUUUAGAUGAUAUUAGUUACACCUCCUUGGAUCAGGGUGAUGAAGUUGAUGGACCAAAUCAAGGAGUAGUGAUAUCUGCUGUGUCAGGAGAUGCCUCUUCAGCUUCAUCUAGUCAUUCUACACAUUCCAAUGAUAACCAUCUGAAGAGUGUAUCAAGAGGAUCAUCUCGGGCCCAGUCACCUCAACCAGGGGGAUCACUUCACCCUUCUCCCUGCCACACACGUUCUCCUAGUCUGACAGCCAAACCAUAUACUCUUAAUGCUAAAAUAAUUGAUACUGAGAUUGUCCGAGAAGGUAGCAAGUCACAUGCCAUUUACAUUGUAUGUGUAAUGAGAAAAGAUGCAUCUGGACAAGAAGAACUUUGGCAUGUUUUUAGACGGUAUUCCGAGUUUCAUGACUUCCACUUGUCAAUUACUUCCAAAUUCAUGGACUUAUCGUCGGUUUCUUUUCCAAGCAAAAGAAUGUUGAAUAACUUGGCUGCUUGGUUCUUAGAGAAAAGAAAGUCAGAGUUAGAUGAGUGGCUUCAGACCAUCCUGGCUCCACCCACUCUUCAGUCCCACCCUGGUCUACAGGAAAUCAUUCAGCGCUUUCUCGACCAGACUACAUACUCAACCUCACCCCUUCCAAAUAUUGCAAAAAGGGUAGAGGACAAUUUCAAGUUAGGUGUACGUAGUGUGAGUGAGGCAGUGAGGUCCAUGCCUGACACAAUAUUCAAUACUGUGGAUGGCAUGGUGGAUGGCAUCUAUCGGCGCAUUGUAGGGCCACCUCAUCGUAGACUAAACACUAGUGCUGAUUAUACUCAUAGAGGGUCACUUGAUCUAGAGGGAGAUGAAAAUAUUCCUCUACGCAUCCUGUUAUUGCUAAUGGAUGAAGUCUUUGAUCUUAGAAGUAAGGAUCAGUGGUUUAGACGUCGGAUCAUGCUGUUUUUAAGACAGAUUUUAAAAGCCAUGUUUGGAGAUAUUGUCAACAGAAGGAUUGUAGACUACGUUGCUUAUAUCACAUCUCCUGAACAAGUCGCAGAUUAUGUGAAGACUUUCAAAUGAACUGAAGGCAAUUUUAGGAAGUCAGACAACUACACGUGGUGUCCUUGGUGUAUAUGAUACUGUCCAGUGGACUGCACUCAACAAAAGACUUGUAUAUGUGCUCCUGGAAGGAAUUAUUGAGUCAAUUUUAUCCAGUCAGAAGCAGAUACCUCCUCUGCUAAGGUCAUUACACACAGGUUCUGCUCGUAUUGCUGCCAGAAAUGCCCCCCAUGCAAGAAAAGUGAGAACUGACCGGUGAUAAGGAUUUUCUCAUAAUUUUAAACUAUAAUCAGUGGAAAAUAUUUAGUUAUAAUUAUGAAAAUAUUAUUAAGGACAGUGAAGGAAAUUACUCAAAAGUGUAUAAACACUGAAAUCUGAUUAAUGGUAUGCUUUGCAAAAGCUGUGUUUUAUUCCAGAUUUCUCCUCACAGUUAGUAUGUUGUAUAUGUUGUGAUGAUAAUGAUUGUAAGUACUUUUUUGUUAUUUUUAUAUAUGAUCAUAUAUAAGCUUGCUCUUUUGCCUAUCAGAUUAUCAGUCCUUUCAUAUACAGGUAACUUUUUGAGAUUUAUAUUCUUAGUCUCGGAUAUGUUGAUUACACAUUGAUGAUGUAAAGAAAAAUCAAGAUAUUAAGGUUAGUUAAUUAUACCCCCAGUCAGUGUUGUAUGAUUUAUGAAUAAAGUUGAUGUGAUUAUUUUUCCGAGCUGCAAGAUGUAAGAGAACUAUUUUCUGAUCGUUCUCAUUGGCAUUUUCAUUGUUUUAGAAUUUGAAAGCAGUCUUAGUUUCAAAAUGUCCUGGAAGAUAAGAUUUUGUAGUAUAUGUUUUUGCUCAUUUUAUAUACUGAAUGGUGUUUAUUGGAAUUUCAUUUUGCUUUGCAUAAUGGUGCCAUCUAUUGUAAACACCCUGUAUAUCUAUGAGCUAUUGUUAACUGGCACUUGCAGGUGCAGUUAGGCAAGAAGAUAAUUUUGCAUAUCUGUAUUUAAAUUUUAAGAUCAUUAUUGCAUUUCAGCAAUGCACAAAUUUAGAAUUAUAUGUAUAUAUUUGUAAUUUUGUGACAUAUAUUUAAGUAUCAAUUCAUGUCUGACCUGGCACUUUAGAUAUGUUUGUCUUAUGGUUAUAUAUACUGUCUAUCACAAUAGCCAGCACUGGAAUGGAAAUUUACAAGUCAGAUAUGUCCAUAUAUCAUUCCUUAUAUUUACUAAAAUUUUGUAUGAAAAUAAAAAAAAAAAAAUAAAAAAGAUAAAAUGAACAAUAGUCAUUAAAGAAAUGAUUAUGCAGGCAUAUCAUUGAACUCUGGUCAGGAACCUGAUUAAUUAUAUUAAUUAAUCUGAAUGUAUUACCCAAAGAGUCAGAAAAGGAAAGGUUGUCUUAUGUGCGUUGUAUUAAAGUAUUGUCAUUUCCUUGAUAAGAAAAUGAAAUGUUUGGAAUUGAACCUCCAUUUCUUGAUUAGUUUCUUCAUGAUGUCAGAAAACUUACAAAAUACAGGAAGUUGUAUAAGUAGUGUAUUUGUUUGCAUAUCAUCAUAUAAUAGACCUGGUUGUAGAAUAUAAAAUUCAUGUAAUUUGAUAAGUACAGUAUCACUUGUUAUGGUAAUGCUGUUUUUCAGUAUGCCAUCAACUACCUUAUUUACAUACUCAGUUGUACUUGUAGAAGCAAUAUAACCUUCAAUAGAAUAGCAAAAACUGUUAGAAAACCCUCCUUUAGAUAGUGUAGUAAUGCAGUAAUAUACAGAGGGCAAGAGUAAAUCAUCUCUUUGUUUUGCAUUCAAUGUAUGCACAGGCAUUUUUACUAAAGAUACAUUCAGCAACUGUGGAUUACAUGGACCAAUGCAGGGUGCCCAUUUUAGAAAUACUCAAAAUGUUCAGCUAUACAGGGCAGCAAGGGUAUCCGUUACCUUAUUCAUUUUAUACUCUUCUAGCUAAAUUAUUAAAUAAGGUCAUGCAUCAUCACACUUUCUAUUUUUACUAAUUUUACUAAUGUUUCAUAGUCCUCAUCAAAAAGAAAUGGAGAGAACAUUUGAUAACCAGGUUAUUAUUACAUAAAUCUUAAACUGGAAUGAAUUUCCAGUACACUAUAGGCCUUGAGAGAGAAAGAGAUCACAUGUGCUGGGAUAGUUAUACUCCAAACUAGAUUAUCAAAACCUUGUCCAGUAGAAUGUAAUUUUUUUUUCAUUGUCACUUAAAACAUGAAAAUGAACAUAAAUUUAGAUAAAGUAUGAAGAUCUACCAUUGUAGAUAUAUUUUAUUGUAGAGACUGCUUGUCUCUGCAGACAGAAGCUUAUUCCAAAAGCCCUAGAAUGUAAUGAUUAUUAUUGCAGUAGAUAGAUAGCUCCCUUCCUUUUUAUUUUGGGUUCAUAUGUUGGAUGUAUUUUCCAGUUCAAACCUGUAUUUUAUUUUUAUCAUUAUUAUCAUUGCAUACUCAAAUGUAACAGAUAUCUUUGUAUCCACAAAUAUUAAAUGUAAAGAUCAGGCCUAUUCAGAUUUAGGAUAUGUAUCCCAUUACUUGGUUUUGCAGUAGCUUAAAAAAAAGUCUCACUGUGUAACAUGUGUAGAUAGAUACCUCUGAAAAAUAUUUGUAUAUAACAACAAUCAUGUGUGUAGAACCAAGAAAUCAAAAACCAUUUUCUGAUAUACUGACUGAUUGAGGACUGAAACCAGACUAAAUAAGCAAAUUGAGCAUCCUGCCAGUAAUUACCAAAAAGCAUUAAGGACAAGGAAGGUUUUUCCGAGUGCUAUUGUUUUAUAUUGACGAAAAAAAAAAAUUGAGAACUAAAAUGUGUGAAGGCCUGUUGUUUCGAAUUUUAACAUUUUAAAUCUUUUAGAUGUAUCCAUGGCCCACCUACUGGUAAGUGCUAGUAUAGUGUAAUGAUAGUUAGAAUUGAAUGUUAAUGUUUUACAUGACCUGGAGUUGAAGUUACUUGGUACAACUUUUGCUUAUGCAAAAGUACCUUAAAAAAUCUAAAUUUCACUCACUCUUAGAAAGCAUAUGCAGAAGCACAUCCAUUUACUUGUCUGUGGUUCAUUCUUUAUGUGUCGUCAUAUCCGUGUCUGUGUGUGUGUUUGCUCCAGUGAUACAUGCAAUCAAUAGAUUAUCCAGCUGUGGAUUAGAACAAAAGUGAUCAGGUCUUUGAGAGAACCUUAUGAUUCUCAGAAUGGGUUUACAUUUUAUUAAUUUUUCCUCUAAAUUGUGAUGUCAAGAGAGGUCUGUCUGCACAUACGAAUCUUCCAAUAUGUAUUAUAUGUAAAAAAAUAUAUAUAUUUCCCAGUGAGCAGUGGUUUAAAGAUACUUUACACUGAAGUGUAUAAUGGUUGUAACAUUGUUUAUGACAUAUAUGAGAAAAUUCCUCAUAUUUACAUAUUAUUUAUUCUAGAAGUAAAGAAAAAUCAACAGUAGUUAUUUUAAGAUCUGAGAUAUUUCCCAAUGUCUGAGUAGUUCAUUAUUUACUUCAUAAUUGUGUUCUUGUAUUGCUGUAGCUGUUAUUAUUUUAGUUAUAUUAAGAAGAGAUAAAUUAAAUGCAUAUGCAACUUU